AUGACCAGGACAUCAGUAUUGGCAGACGCCUUGAACGCUAUCAACAACGCCGAAAAGACAGGUAAACGUCAAGUAUUGAUUAGACCUUCGUCCAAAGUUAUCAUCAGAUUUUUGACUGUAAUGCAAAAGCACGGGUAUAUUGGUGAAUUUGAAUACAUUGACGACCAUAGAUCAGGAAAGAUUGUUGUGCAAUUGAACGGUAGAUUGAACAAAUGUGGUGUUAUCUCACCAAGAUUCAAUGUUAAAAUCAGUGAUAUUGAAAGAUGGACGGAUAACUUGUUGCCCGCUAGACAGUUUGGAUAUGUUAUUUUGACUACUUCUGCUGGUAUUAUGGAUCACGAAGAAGCCAGAAGAAAGCACGUCUCUGGUAAGAUUUUAGGAUUUGUGUAUUAA